AUGACCUCAGAUCCCACAUCUUCUCAGAAGGCAGCAGACUCUAGCAUUACCAUCUUCACCCUCACCCAUAUCCUCUUGCCAACAGCAAUCGUGUACUUGAGCUAUCCCUACAUGGUAUUAAGGAUUCUUCCUAUUUGUCUCACAACUAACAAGCCCAACCUAGACUUCUAUCCUACGAUCCAUCGUUGCCGGCCCCCGUCUCCAGCACGGCGAAGCCGGCCUAGACCUCUGCUAUGUUAGCAGAUCACCCACAAUAAUUGCCAUGUCCGUGCCAGCCACAGAGUUCCCUAAAAAAGCUUACCGAAACCCCCUCGAUCAAGUCGUCAAGUUCCUGGACAGCAAACACGGUCGCAGCUGGCGGAUCUGGGAGUUCAGAGCCGAAGGAACGGGUUAUAAAGAUGAGGAUGUGUUCGGAAGGGUUUUCCACGCCCCGUUUCCGGAUCAUCACCCGCCCCCGUUUGCUCUCGUACCUGCUGUUUUGGCGAGCAUGAGGAAUCAUUUGAAAGGAGAAGGGAGCGAGAAUGCAGUUGCCGUUAUUCACUGCAAGGGUUUGUCUCCUGUUUGUCCACAAUAGAGGGUACAAAGCUGACGGGUGGAUAGCCGGCAAGGGUCGCAGUGGUACCAUGUCAUGUGCGUAUCUCAUUGGAGAGGAAGGUUGGUCCGCAGAAGACGCUCUGAACCACUAUACAACUGUACGGAUGCGUCCUGGCUUCGGUGAGGGCGUGAGUAUCCCGUCGCAGCGACGCUGGACACGUUACACCGAGCAUUGGGCACGAGAAUUGGACAAAAAAUACCUUGAACGGACGAUCCGGAUAGAAGAAGUGCACGUACACGGUCUCCGUGAAGGCGUGCGCGUAGCUAUCCAAGGCUUCGUCGACGAGGGCAAGGAGAUCAAAACCUACCACACGUUCACACGGAAAGAGCAAAUCACACUGGACUCCGACGAGACCAACUCUCCCAAAAAUGUGAUACUCAAGCCGAAGCACCCGGUGAUCCUCCCGACGAACGAUAUCAACAUCGACUUCGAAAGGAGGAACAUCGCAGCCUAUGGCUGGAGCAUGGUCACCAGCAUCGCUCACGUGUGGUUCAACGCAUAUUUUGAAGGCGACGAGGACAGCGGGCUAUUCGAGAUCGAGUGGGAAGCUAUGGAUGGGAUAAAAGGAACUUUGAGAAAAGGAAUGCGCGCAUUUGAUAGACUAAAGGUGGUCUGGUCUGUCGACAGAAGCACGGAACGCAUCGUCCGGGAACCGUCGGAAGGGGAACCAAUCCCGCAGCCAAGAAGAGCCGAGACGAAACCACUACACGAAAGGGAUCUAGGGUUAAAACGGGAAGAUGAUGUCGCUUCGUCCACCUCUGGUAGUGGUAGCGGUAGUGGGGUUAGUCUAAUCAAUAGCCUAGAGCUGCUUAAAGCUAAAGAUUCCCAAGAGAACCAUGUAGAGUUGGCUACCCUCCCGCUCGAGGAACCUGUCAAAAAGAAGGACAAUAGAACCGGCUCGGUAAACUAGCCGUGUGUAAUAAUAAUUAUAACAAUAGCCUUCCGCAGCCUCUAAAGUCUCUACAUGCUCCAAACUAUCUCGAUUAUGAUACAUCAAGCUUCGCUACCCUACCUAUCCUCAUUCAUGAACCAUCAUCCUAUCACAAAACAUCACUCGAACAACUUGUUCCAUCCCUCAACACUCUUUCAAGAACCAACGCCUAGAACACCAUUAUCGCGACUCAUUUCAACUUCCAUACCCAUCCACCCCUUGCCCGAGUAUAAGUACCCUGUUUGGGACCACGCAAGUCCCCAAACAAUAUCUUGUAAAGACCCACACACUCAACACAACACCGACCAGGCCAGGAAGCAAUAGAAACCGAAAAGAGGGAAGAAGAGGGAGAAGACAUGCUCCGAAAACUCCUCCACAUCCUCUCAACGCCCGCAAAGCUCCUCUUCAUGCUCCAAAUCUCCCUAUCAACUGCUGCAAUCCCGCUAUUAGCCUUACUACCCCCUCCCCUGCAGAAAAAGCCCCUCCUGAUAGUGUGCGCGAGCUCGCUGGGUGUGCAGCUGCUCUUUAUAGGCUGGCUGCUGGGCGAUUUGUACCGCGGGCCGCGGGGGCUGAAGCGGCGUUGGUAUCACCUG